AUGUCCUCCGAUUGCCCCCCCGUGCUGGAGUCGAUGGCGUCGCAGCUCGUCCGCAGUGGCGAUGACCAGGAAGACCAGCAACCAGCAGCCAGCGUCCUCUUCUCCCCUCCUCCCGAAGUUACGGCGGCUGUUGAAGUUGCUAUCGAGGCCGAUCCCCUCCAAUGGCUGGCCAUGGCCCAGCGUUUACCAGAGACCAACGAUAUCUUGCGCACCACCUUUCUGGAACCCCACGACCAGUGGUACGGCGUGGUGCUCCCGCACGCCAGUCCGAUCGUGAAGUUCUACGACGCCAGUGGCGCGGAGGAGCGGACACACAUCCUCGAUGCGAUCUGGCAGCAGCUGUUCGAGUUCGGCAAGCCCUUCAUCCACUCGGGCAUGAUCCGGAUGGCCGACGGGGAGAUGCAGGCGGUCAUCAAGCUCGACCACGGGCUGUACGACGGCACCCUGCUGCGGGUCUUCGACGCGCACUGCCAGAAGUACCAGCGUGACGAGCCCGUCGACCCGAUCACCAGCUGCCAAGACUUCGUCCUGCACAUCUGGCAACGCAACCAGACGCAACUGACCCUCGCCUUCUGGCAGCAACCCGACAAACGGCCGAUCCGCUUCCAGCUGGCCCCGGGCCGUUCGCAACAAGCCCAGCAAGAACAACUCCGGGUCAGCAGCAUCGCCGUUCCCAGGAUUGAACACACCCAGCUGGACCACUACAGCCGCGCGCACGGUGUGACCGUCUCCAUCCGGCGCAGUACUCAAUAA